AUGGAUAAAAGUAAUAAAGUAACAAAAUUACAAAUUGUUAAAAAUGUUUUGAACAUCCUUUUUGGUUUGAGACACUAUGAAUAUAUAUGGCAGUUCGCAUUCACACAUCGCCGUUCACGCCCGCUCGCUCACCUCACAAAAAUUAUAAUGUCACCGGCUAUUCUAGUGACUGGUGGUGCAGGGUAUGUCGGAUCACACACCGUUAUGACUCUACUUGAACAAGAGGACAAUAAACACGAAAUUGUUGUCGUUGAUAACCUUUCAAACAGCUAUCGAAAUGACGGUGACAAAAAGCCGGUGGCGCUGCAAAGGAUCGAAGAAAUGACAGGAAGAACAAUAUACUUUUACCCGGUGGACCUCGGUGAUAGCCUAGCGCUGACUAAAGUUUUUGAAAAUCACAAAAUCGAAUGUGUGAUCCACUUCGCAGCGUUGAAAGCUGUGGGGGAAUCGGUGCAGAAGCCUCUCGAAUACUAUCAAGCGAAUAUCACUGGAACCUGUACCUUAUUUGAAGUUAUGCGAAAGUACAAUGUAUAUAAGCUUAUAUACAGUUCAUCUUGCACGGUUUACGGUGAACCGCAGAAGUUGCCCUUGGACGAGUCUCACCCAACUGGCCAAGGCAUAUCCAGCCCAUACGGACGUACCAAGUAUUUUUGCGAAGAAAUCAUGAAGGAUUUGUGUAAUAGUGACCAGAAGUGGCAAGUGAUAUCUCUCAGAUACUUCAACCCAGUAGGAGCCCAUCCCAGCGGUCGGAUUGGGGAAGAUCCAUCAGGCAUACCGAAUAAUCUUAUGCCAUUUAUAUCCCAGGUAGCGGUAGGUCGUUUGUCAGAACUCCUUGUAUUCGGUGAUGACUACCCCACGAUAGAUGGGUCGGGAGUUCGAGACUACAUUCAUGUUCAAGAUCUGGCUGUUGGACACGUGAAUGCGAUGCAACUGUUUUAUCAAAAGGGGUUCAGCGGUUUUCAUUCCGUUAAUCUGGGUACAGGCACGGGUUAUUCAGUCCUACAAAUGAUAGCUGCCUUCGAGUCGGUUUCCGGUCGUAAAAUCCCAUACAAGAUAGUUGGCCGCCGCGCUGGGGACAUAGCUACUAACUAUGCUGACGUCUCGCUCUCGCAGGAGCUUUUAGGAUGGCGUGCGACAAGGACAGUAGAGGAUAUGUGCAGGGACACGUGGAAUUGGCAGAGCCGUAAUCCUAGUGGCUACAAAAGCUAG